AUGGUUGCCAAUAUUGGCGUCAUCAACCCGACUAAUGUGGAAGCAACGGCGUAUAUUAGUGCAGUAGCGGCGUUUGCCGUGGUCGUCCUUGUUUUGCUCCUAUUCCUGGGAAGAAGAUGGUGCUACUCAGCAGUCUUCAAUCGAAAGUGCUGCGAUGAUAUACUAGCCGUAAAAUCUCAUGCUCCGGACCCGAGCCUGCCACUUGACAAUGCUCAAUUCGAUGCUUUGUCGAACCCGAAACAUUACCCCGAACGCAUAUUCACGUUCGAGGCCUCCGAUUCGGACGAGGAGCUGCGCUUGCGCAUACAACAGGAUAAGGAAGAAGUAGAGUGUCGCUACGAGGAGAAGAAUGAAAAUAUUUCAGCGUCCGCGAAGGUAGAGGUGCAACUCGUCGAGACCGCUCUACGGGAGACUAGCUUGAGAGAGACCAAAAUCGACGAAGUUGUUCCUAAAAAGGCGGAUUAUAUUCAUACACUAGAAGCACAGAGCAGUGUGGACAGCGAUGUUAUUGCACAUAAUGAUACAUCACUUCUUUGCGGUGAGAGCAGCAGUUCAACGGAGCGCGGGUCCGUUGAACUGACGCUGUUGUAUGACGCACCCGUGCGCAGCAUGACGGUGCAUGUGCUACAAGCACGAGGGCUGCAGCAUCGUUCACAAGGACAAGUGUUACAGAGUCAGGCGAGAAUUGUACUUUUGCCAUUGAAGAAGCAAAAAUACAAAUCGAAGAUCCGCAAUGGAGAGAACCCUCAAUACAUGGAGAGCUUUGUCCUACAUAAAAUCAAUCCAGAGGAUGUCCACGGGCUUGGUUUACGCAUCCGUAUUUACGGCUGUGAACGUAUGCGACGUCAACGACUCCUAGGUGAAGCGGCCGUCAGCUUUGCCGCCCUCAACUUGGAGCUCGAGAACAAUCUGUGGCUUCAGCUCACCCCACGCCAGCACCACCAGCCCACCUUACAACUGCCAAAGCUGAUGCUGGACAGUUCUGUAACGGGGGUGCUGGCGAGUCCGUCGUCGAUCACGACGCCGAUGUCACCCAGCGGCGGCAAUGGCGCGGGCGAGUCGUGCAGCCUGGCGCGCUCCGACUCCGCCUCGUCCUGCUGCAGCGUGCGCUCCGCACCAGAGUUGCUGCUCGGUCUGCAGUACAGCCCCACUACUGGACAUUUGUCUGUGGAGAUUAUAAAGGGUACGCACUUCCGUAAACUGUCGCCAAAUAAGGCGCCAGACACAUAUGUGAAGCUCUGCCUAAUAAGUUCGUUGGGUAUGGAGAUGGGACGGUGCAAGUCCACGACACGGCGAGCGCAGUCUAACCCACUGUACAAGGAGCUGUUUAUUUUUCAGGUGGCACUCUUCCAAUUGACCGAAGUAACACUUAUGGUGUCCGUAUGGUGGCGACGCAGCGUGAAACGUAACGAGAUGGUCGGAUGGUUCUCUUUAGGGCAUAGUUCUUCAGGACGUGAAGAAGAGCGACAUUGGAAAGAGUUGUGUGAACGACCGGGAGAACAGGUACAACGAUGGCAUGUGCUGCUGGAUUCCUGA